GAGGGAGGGGUGAAGGGGCAGGUCAGAGAGGGGAGAGGGAGGGAGACCACAGACCAGUAGCAGCAGCGAGCGAGCGCGCCCACGCCACGCUACCCCGCCGCCGCGGCCACUGCGAGGUGCGAGCUGCUGCCGCCGGAUCGGGGGGAUGGAGAGGGAGGCCACCGCGUUCUACCCGCCGGCCCAGCCCGUGCCGGCCGCACCCGCUGCGGAGGUGGUGGGCGCUGGCGGCGUGGGGGCCGCCGCGGCGGGAGGGAACGCGCGCGGCGGGGGCGGAGGAGGAGGGAGGCAGUACCGCGGCGUGCGGAUGCGGAAGUGGGGCAAGUGGGUGGCCGAGAUCCGGGAGCCCAACAAGCGGUCGCGGAUCUGGCUCGGGUCCUACUCCACCGCUGUGGCGGCGGCGCGGGCCUACGACACCGCGGUCUUCUACCUCCGCGGCCGCUCCGCGCGGCUCAACUUCCCCGACCAGCUCGACGGCGCCGCGGUGGCCGAGCGCCCCGAGGGCCACAAGGACGGCGGCGCGGGGCUCACCGCCGCCGCCAUCCGCAAGAAGGCGGCCGAGGUCGGCGCACGCGUCGACGCGCUCCACUGCGGCGGCGUCGCUCACCCGCCUCCGCCGCUGUCGUCCCACCGCCGCCGCGCCAAGAACCCCGACCUCAACCGGGAGCCGACCCCGGACACCUCCGACGACGAGUGAAGCGCGCUGAUUUUGUCUUCUCUUCCUCCUCCGCCUCCAUCUACUAGUCUCUAGUCCUUAGGCAACAACUACUCACCCGAGGAGUAGCUAGCUAGCUAGCCAGCCAGUAGUAGCAGUAAGCAAGCAACCAGAUAGCGUGGCGCCAGGCCAAACGGAUGGGCGUGGGCGGAUGCAACGCAUGGUGCUCGAUGGAAUGGGGAUGAGCUCGGAGGUAGCCAAUAAUGGAGCCGCGACGUCGCCGUCAGCGCGGGAAGCCGUAGUGAGUAGGAGGGAACAUAGGGUCGUGUGCGAGCUGUGCCGUUUGGACCGGAGGCGACGGCGACGGCGACCGCGACGGAUCGAGCAGGGGCAGGAGACACAGACGGUGCGUGGGUGCGUGUCAGUGUGUUCGGGCAUGUAGCUAGCGAAGGCGGCUAUGUACCUCUCCCCUUCACUUAAAGAUGUGUGCAAAGAAGAAGAAAAAAAGAUACCCGGCAAGCGAGCUUCAUGAAUCUUUUGCUUGCUUCAUGUUUAUGAUUC